AGCAACAGCCUAUCACCACCUUCCCCAUACCAGAGACAAAGGAAGAAAAAAGCAAGAAGAAGAGAAGAAGACACAGCAAGACGUCCCGAAGAUGCGUCUCUCCGUUUUCCUCCUCAGCCAGCACGCCGCUCUUCUCGGCCUGCUUCUCGGAUCCCUCGGCGGGCAGGCACAAAGGGCUUUCAACUACACGGUGCCGGUGUGGAAACGAAUGUUCACGAUUGAAUGCCCGGAGAACAUCCGCAAUGAUUGUGACACGUACUGGAUAUGCAGAGACCGCGGCAGUUGCGAUGAAGACGGUCAAUACGUCGCCUAUGGGGACAUCAUCCGCUGGUGCAAAGAGUGCUGGUGCGAGCCGCGGCCGGAGGAGCCUCACAAGACGGCGACGAAGAGGCUCGCGUUUGCGACGGACAUGCCGGUACCGGAUCCACCCACCAAAAAAAGAAGGUCGAAGGAUGUGGAGCAGCAGCCAGAGCCUAAGGGAUGCUGCAUCCUACAGUGAUGCUGCUGCUGAUGGUCCUAACCAGCUACGUGGCACACAUGCGGAAUAGUGGUCGGGCGCGGCUGGGGAUGAUGCUGGUGCCACUACUACCUACUUCGUACUGUGCUGCUACUACUGCUGCUACCACUACUAGCAGUGGCUUCAUGGGGGCUGCCGAUGGAGGUCACGGUAGGCCGGUGUGUUCGAUGAAAGGGACCAACAGUGAUAGACGGACGGGCAAUGCACGUGAAAAGCAGGAAAAUCCGAGCACAAUAAUCUCUUUUCCUUUACUUUUUAUUACGAG